AACAUUUCUAUACCCACGUGUUGUUUAUAAAAUGAUGAAAAGUAAAUAGUUUUGGCUGUUGAACAAGUUAUUUGAAUUGCUCUAAAAUAUUUAUUUGCAUGACAUAUAAAACGAAUUGUUUUAUUUUGAGCUUAUAUACUUGCGAAUGACAUUCUAAAAUUGUUUUAGAAUUGUGUGCAUUAAUACGAAGUUAUAACGAACAAUCAUCAGUCAUAAAGAAAAUAUUAAGGAAACUGCAAUGGAGACGGAUUCAAAUCCUCCAAAAAAGCCCUGUUGCAUUAUUGUUCUGGGAAUGGCAGGAUCUGGCAAGACAACAUUUGUAAAAAGAAUUGUUUCCGAUCUUUUUCAAACAAAUAAGCCUUAUGUUAUAAACUUGGAUCCAGCUUGUUUGGAGGUGUCUUAUCCUGUUAAUGUUGAUAUUCGAGAUACUGUUAAUUAUAAAGAGGUUAUGAAACAAUACGGUUUGGGUCCAAAUGGUGGUAUAGUGACAGCAUUAAAUUUAUUUUCAACGAAAUUCGACCAAGUUGUGAAACUCAUUGCUAAUGCGGGAAAAGAUCAUGAUUACGUAAUUUUGGAUACACCUGGACAAAUUGAAGUAUUUACUUGGUCAGCCAGCGGCUCAAUUAUAACAGACUUAUUGGCGUCCUCUUUCCCAACUAUCGUUGUCUACGUAAUGGAUACAGUCAGAAGUUAUAAACCUGUAACGUUCAUGUCAAAUAUGCUGUAUGCAUGUUCAAUAUUAUACAAGACAAAGUUACCGUUCGUCGUUGUUAUGAAUAAGAUUGACAUUGUUUCAAACGCAUACGCAGUGGAGUGGAUGACGGAUUUCGAUGCCUUCGAACAAGCUUUGGAGUCACAAACUAGUUAUAUUAGUAAUUUGACUCGCAGUAUGGCUCUUGCAUUAGACGAAUUCUAUUGCAAUUUAAGAUGCUGUGGCGUAUCCGCUAUGGUUGGGACAGGAAUUGAUGAAUUCUUCAAAUUGGUUAAAGAAGCUGAAAAAGAAUACUUGACAAGCUAUAAAGUUGAACUGGAAAAACUGCAUAAGAAUCAAGCGAAGAAAAUUGAAGAAGAAAAGGAAAUGCAACUUAAGAAUGCAAUGAAAAAUGCUAUGGGAGAAUCGGUACCACUUGUGCUGUCAGUUAAUACCGGAAGGGAAGUUUCUGACAUCUAUUUAAAACAUCCUGGGAAUGAGUCAAGCGAUGAUGAAGGAGAAGAAGAGACAAUCAAUGAUCAUGAAAAACAAAAAGAAAAGGAAGAAGAUUCAACUUUUCACAGUUUUAUUGAAAGUCAUCAAAAAAGUCAAGAUAGAAAAAAACGUGAAUUCAUGCCUGGGACAAGCAAACAAAAUUGAAAUUCCUACCAAAAAAAGUAUAAAAUACUUAUUUUUUUAUAAAGUUUUACUGUAUUUUACUUGUUUAAUAUAUUUUAUUCUCUAAUAAAAAAUUCUUCCAAA